AUGGGGACUCAAAUCGAAGCCAGGUUAGGCACCACACGGACACGUCCGUCGGCGCCGACGAUUUCUCCAGGAGCUGUACGGGGGAGGGUGGACUAUCUCCCGAAGAACUGGCAGCUCUACAGCGCUGGUGUCAGCAUGGCAGCCGGCGGGCUGACGCAGGUUAUACACCACCCGCUAUACACGCUGAAAACCUUCAUACAGACCCCGCACUUCUCGUGGAAGGACUUCCUAGGACGAACUGUCCACAGUCCUCUCGGAUUUCUCUACAGAGGUGUAGUAUCUCGUUCCCUGGGUGUCAUGCCAGAGAGAAUGUUAAAGAUGCAAUGUUGGAUCGUGACGACGAGGUUUCUGACGGACUUGCGAGGGGAACAGUCUCCGGGGGUCUGGAUUUUAGGCGGACUAGCGGCUGGUGUGGGUACUGCAGUCGUGGCCUCUCCCACUGAGCUUGUCAUGGUGCGGGCGCAGGUCUACGGCCACCGGUUCAGAGAUGUCUGGAGGACAACAGAUAUGUACAGAGGUUUCGGAUCCGCACUAUUCCGUGACGUCACAUUUAACGCCUUCUUCUUCGUCGGUCGGGAGGCAGGAGUACGCCGGUAUGAGACCCAACAUGGUCACCGCUGUCCUGACCACAAACGCUUCCAGAUAGGACUUGUAGCAGGUAUGUACCGUGAUAGUCAACUUGAAGACUUCGUCAGACAGUGGCUAGAAGUCCACGGGUAA